AUGCCACCCAAUUCCACUUCCACUUCUUACAUGCCACCCGAAUGGCACCCUCACUUGGGAAUAAUCAUGGCCUGGCCCGGCCGCGCAUCACACAGCUACUGGCCCCCCGGAAACCACGAACAACUAAACAGCGACGUGAACCGGGUCGCGCAGGCCAUCGCAAGAUUCGAAAAGGUGACCAUCUACGUCGCGCGGGCGCAGGAGAACGAAGCGCGGACGACGUUGCAGAAUUGCAGUGAAGAGCAAGCUGCUGCUAUCGAUGUGCGAGUCAUAGAGGAUGAUGAUGUGAAGCCGUGGAUGCGGGAUAUCGCGCCGACAUUCGUGGUCGUGCCGGAUUCGAAGACUGUUCACGGUGUCGACUUCCAUUUUAAUGGAUGGGGUGCUAAAGAUCGCUCUGUGAGUAAUCGCGCGCUAGCUCGUCAUAUCCUGCAUGAUCACCAGAUCCCCGAGAUCUCAACGUCCCUUGUAGCAGAGGGCGGGGGUAUUGAGACAGACGGUGAGGGCACGCUACUAGCAACAGAGUCCGCGCUGGUGAAUUCCAACCGCAACCCGGGUAUGGAUCGCAACGCAGUUGAGUCCGAGUUGAUGCGCGUGCUGGGCGUCUCAAGUGUUAUCUGGCUCCCGGGCGUAGCCGACGCAGAUACCACUGACUGCCAUAUCGAUGCACUGGCGAGAUUCGCCGGCCCUGGCGUGGUCGUUUUGAGCCGCCCACCUGCGACAAGAGAAGAGAUCUGGACAACGGUGUACAAAGACGCCCAGCGCGUCCUGGCCGCUGCUCAGGAUGCAAAGGGUCGCAGCCUGCGAAUUGUCGAUGUGCCCGAGCCUGAUAUCAAAGCCAUUCCAGGAGCAGAUGCUGAGAUGAUCCCCAGCUAUGUUAACUAUCUCCAUGUGAAGGGGGCGAUGAUUGUGCCGCAGUUUGGGGUGUCUGAGACGGAUGCCGGUGCUUUGGGGGUUUUGGGGGAGUUGUUUCCGAAUAAGGAGAUUGUUCCUGUUUAUUUGCAUGGUUUGCCUAAUGCGGGUGGUGGGCUUCAUUGUAUCACGCAGCAGGUUCCGUUGGUUAAGGUGGAUGCAUAG